AUGACUACUGCUGAACACCUUGAGAUGCAGCAGGCGGAAGACCAUGCUGAAGCCGCUGCCAACCAAAUCGCCUACGAAAAGACCCUUAGCUUCGCCCAGAGCGUUCGAGUUUUCUGGCGAAGUACUCUCUGGAUCUUAUACGUCCAGCUUGUUGUUUUCGGCUAUGGUAUAGAUGGUAUCAUCGCGGGCAAUCUACUCGCGAUCCCCAAAUUUCGCGAAGACUAUGGUACUACACUCACCCAAGGCGGCACGACCAGUUACAUCAUCCCUGCCACUUGGCAGAGUCUCUACGGCGGCGUGUCUCAACUGGCAGCUGUUCUUGGAGCUGCCGUUACUGGAUGGCUGGCUGAUAAGAUCGGUCGACGAUACACCAACAUGAUCUUCUGUGCUAUUUCUAUCGUUGGAGUUGGUCUUCAGUACCACUCAACCCGCGAUGCCUCUCUUCCAAUGUUGACAGUUGGAAAAGCCAUCAAUGGUCUGUCCAUCGGCGCAUGGCUCAUCAUUGGGCCCCUGUACGCUUCAGAGGUUGCACCGCUCAAGCUUCGAGGUUGGCUCACAGCCAUGACCAACUUUAUCCAGUUUUGUGGUACUCUUCUCUUCACUGGUAUCAUGUACAAGCUUGGUCCCCGAAACGAUCGCGAUUCCUAUAUAAUCCCCUUUGUGUGUCAAUGGAUCAUCCCGGCCAUCGUUCUUCCUACCAUCUGGCUCUGCCCCGAAUCACCUGUCUGGCUGGUUCGUGCUGGGCGCCGAGACGCUGCGGUCAAAUCCCUCGAUCGUCUCCACGGCGACUCAAAGGACAUUGACAAGAAGGCCAUCCUUGCUGUUAUCGAGCAGACUAUCCAGCAUGAGCAGGAAUACCGCUCUGAGACGUCUUCUGUCUCCUACGCAUCGUGCUUCCAGAAGCGUGAUAGACAACGCACACUUAUCAGCAUGUUUAUCUACGGAUGCCAGUACCUCAGCGGUAUCAUCUUUGUUCUCGGCUACCAAUCUUAUUACUAUCAGCUAGCUGGCUUUGGUGCCCAGAUGUCCUUCUUGCUGAGCAUGUUGAACAACUGCAGCAUGUUUGUGGCCAACAUCCUUUCUUGGCCACUGUUGACUGUCGUUGGUCGCCGGCCUCUUAUUGUAUGGGGACAGUUCAUCUGUGCAAUCACGUUGUUCAUUGUUGGUGGAGCUUCUUUGCCUGGUAGUCGGUCUACGAACCUCGUCACCAUUGCCUUCAUGUUCGGCUUCGUUUACCAGAUCACCUUGGGUACAGUUGCAUGGACCGUCGUGGCAGAGAUCCCAACCUGGCGUCUCCGCUCACGAACCCAAGGUCUUUCCAACAUCGUCCUCUGUAUCGUUCAAUGGCUGAUUGGUUUCGUGUUCCCGUACAUGUUCAACCCAGAUGCCGGUAAUCUCGGUGGCAAGGUUGGCUUCAUCUUUGGUGCUACUACUCUCAUUGGAUUCGCUGGCUGCUGGAUCUGGCUUCCUGAGACCAAGAACCGAACUACUGCAGAGCUCGAUGAUCUCUACGCUGCCAAUGUCAAGCCACGACAUUUCCACAAGACUCAUCUGGGCGAGGCGGCAGGUUCUGAUGAUAAGACAGCCUAA